AUGGGGAAGCUGGGCGUGGCGCGGGCGCUGGGCGACUUUACGCUUGCUCCUUCUGUCUCAUCUGAGCCCAGUCUGCAGCAUACCACGCUCCCACCACGUGUAUCGCUCGUCCUUGCGUGCGACGGAGUGUGGGAUGUCAUGACGAACGCUGUCCUUGCUGGCCUCGUUGCGUCAAGCAGUGAGGUGGACGAGUGCGCCGGGCGGAUUCGCGAUGCCAGCUAUGCCAUCGGCUCCGGCGACAACAUCUCGGUCUUGGUCGUCCGAGUCGACGCAGACUCGACCUCGAACUCGAGACUUGGCGGUGCGGACGCCGAGUCGGGCUCGACCUCUGACUCGACGUCGGACGACAGCGACUCGACCGAUCGCGACGUCUCGUCGAGCGAUGGGGGUGGCGAGAUUGAGGCUGAGGCUGGCAAGGUUGAGGCUGAGGUCGAGCCCGAUGCUGAGACCGAGUCCGAGACUGAGACUGAGGCCGAGGCCGAGGCUGGGGCUGGCGAGGCUGAGGUUGAGGAUGAGGCUGAAGCCGCCGAGGCUGAGGCUGAGGCCGAGGUUGAGCCCGAUGCUGAGACCGAGUCCGAGACUGAGACUGAGGCUGAGGUUGAGGCUGGGGCUAGCGAGGCUGAGGCUGAGACUGAGGUUGAGCCCGAUGUUGAGACCGAGUCCGAGACUGAGACUGAGGCCGAGGCCGAGGCUGGGGCUGGCGAGGCUGAGGUUGAGGCUGGGGCUAGCGAGGCUGAGGCUGAGGCUGAGGUUGAGCCCGAUGCUGAGACCGAGUCCGAGACUGAGACUGAGGCCGAGGCCGAGGCUGGGGCUGGCGAGGCUGAGGUGGACGAGUGCGCCGGGCGGAUUCGCGAUGCCAGCUAUGCCAUCGGCUCCGGCGACAACAUCUCGGUCUUGGUCGUCCGAGUCGACGCAGACUCGACCUCGAACUCGAGACUUGGCGGUGCGGACACCGAGUCGGACUCGACCUCUGACUCGACGUCGGACGACAGCGACUCGACCGAUCGCGACGUCUCGUCGAGCGAUGGGGGUGGCGAGAUUGAGGCUGAGGCUGGCAAGGUUGAGGCUGAGGUCGAGCCCGAUGCUGAGACCGAGUCCGAGACUGAGACUGAGGCCGAGGCCGAGGCUGGGGCUGGCGAGGCUGAGGUUGAGGAUGAGGCUGAAGCCGCCGAGGCUGAGGCUGAGGCCGAGGUUGAGCCCGAUGCUGAGACCGAGUCCGAGACUGAGACUGAGGCUGAGGUUGAGGCUGGGGCUAGCGAGGCUGAGGCUGAGACUGAGGUUGAGCCCGAUGUUGAGACCGAGUCCGAGACUGAGACUGAGGCCGAGGCCGAGGCUGGGGCUGGCGAGGCUGAGGUUGAGGCUGGGGCUAGCGAGGCUGAGGCUGAGGCUGAGGUCGAUGCUGAGACCGAGUCCGAGACUGAGACUGAGGCCGAGGCCGAGGCUGGGGCUGGCGAGGCUGAGGUUGAGGCUGGGGCUAGCGAGGCUGAGGCUGAGGUUGAGCCCGAUACUGAGACCGAAUCCAAUGCUGAGACCGAGUCUGGUGCUGAGACCGAGGCAGAGGCCGAGUCAGAGGGUCAAGGAUGA